AUGCGAAUCGUUGGACCCAUCACCCAUACUAGGCAUGUAUGCCUCUUCCUUUCGGAGCUGCACCAGCUCGCCCGCGCCCUCGGCCUCUCAGGCCUGAACUUCGUGUGGGUGAUUGGCGCCGCCGCAGGCCAAGAAUCCUCGGAGUGGAUGCCCGAAGGCUUCGCCGACCUGAUCGCGAGCGGCGACCGCGACUUCAUGGUCCGUGGCUGGGCGCCGGAGAUGCUGAUCCUGAGCCACCCCGCCCUCGGUGGGUUUGUGACACACUGCGGUUGGAACUCGGUGCUAGAGGCCGUGACCGCCGGCGUGCCGAUGGCGACGUGGCCGCGGUACGGGGACCACUUCAACAACAAGACACUCGUCGUGGAGCAGCUCAAGGUGGGCGUCAGCAUCGGGGCCAAGGACUACGCGUCGGGUAUCGAGGCCCACGAUGUGAUUGCCGGCGAGGUGACCGCCGAAUCCAUCCAGAGGUUGAUGGAGAGCGACGCCAUCCGAAAGAAGGCCAAGGACCACGGCGUGAAGGCAAGGAGCAUGGUGGAGAAGGGCGGGUCUUCGUACGAUGACGUAGCCCGACUGAUGGGCGAGCUGACGGCCCGCCGGAGCUCCGUCAAGGUUGGAGAAGACAUCCAGGCAAGCUGA